AGAAGAGAAAGAGCAAGUCUGCGGUCAAAGCUGCUGCUUCACAGGAAGCUCAGAGAGAAGAUGACGGCGAGGACGCUUUUGCUCGCUGCUCUCCUUGCUGUUUUUGAGGUGAGCUCAGUGACAGGAACCCAUCAUGGACUCUCCAUACCCGGCUCUCCUCAAAACAUCAGCAAGAACGACCCUGCCCUUCAGAAACUCGUCUUCGCCGCCGCCUGUGCCUUCAACAACCAAUCCAAUGAUGCGUUCCUUUUCAAACCAGCAGACAUCAUUCGAGCGCAGAAACAGAUUGUCAAAGGGGUCCGGUUCCUUGUGGAUUUUAAGAUUUCCAGAACAGUUUGUCAAAAGCGAGAUCACGGCAGCAACCUGUCAACCUGCGACUUCCAGCCUGCAGGGCGUCUGCAGCUGACAUUGGAGUGUCACCUGGAAGUCUGGACAGUUACCUGGAUCCACUGGAACAUGACUCAGAAGUUUCUCUGCAGAUAAUGGAGUACAUCGCUCAGUUUUUUUUUUUCCAAAUCU